ACAACCACACAGGCACAGAGUACCUCUCCCUCUCCCCCUGCAACAACAAUGGCCUCUCUCUCUCUUCUCCUCUCCCUCUCGCUCCUCUCUCUCCUCUCUCUCCUCCUCCCUCCGGCCCUCUCCCUCACCUGCACGUCCCAGAAGUUCAACAACACCUACAACAACUGCACCGACCUCCCCCAGCUCGGCGCCUUCCUCCACUACACCUACAACGCCUCCAACUCCUCCCUCUCCAUAGCCUACGUCGCCGCCCCGGCCACCGGCGGCGCCUGGGUCGCCUGGGCCAUCAACCCCACCAAAACCGGCAUGGUCGGAUCGCAGGCCCUGAUGGCGCUCAGGCUCAACGGCUCCGUCGUCCCCAAGACCUACAAUAUCUCCGGCUAUCACUCGGUCGUCGAGUCGAGGCUCUCCUUCAACGUGUGGGACCUGAGCGCCGACGAGGUGAAUGGGACGAUGCGGAUCUUUGCGACGGUUCAGGUGCCGGAGAAGGCGUCAAGCGUGAACCAGGUCUGGCAGGUCGGUGGCGCCGUCAGCGGGAACCAACCAAGCAUCCACCCGCUUGUUGCGGCCAACAAGGAGUCGACGGGGAAGCUUCAGCUGGACUCGUCGAGUUCGUCCCCUGCUCCGGCACCGAGCAAGAGCGGAGUGAGGGCGGGUCGGGGCAAUGUGGGUCUGUUGGCGAGUGUGAUUUUGCUGAUGGGGACUUUUGCGGUACUCUAGUCGAGUAAUUAACGAUUUGGAUCGGGAUCCGAUAUUUUUUUCUCUUUCAAUUUGCACCUAUUUUAGAGAUUCCGACUUCACUAGUCUUCUCCUAUUGGAUUGGGAUCCGAUAUUAUUUUCUCUUUCAAUUUGCACCUAUUUUAGAGAUUCCGACUUAAACUAGGCUUCUCCUAUCUUCUUCUUCUUGAUAUGGUUUGUUUUGGAUUACGAUGAAGGAGCAACAUCUUCCCAAACUGUUGCUCAUGGAUAUGCUUCGUUUACCGUGUGUUUAGUGCGAUCUUUGUGUC